AUGGUAUAUAAAAACACGCAUGUGCUCGAAUGGAAUGUUGCAUCAAAACUCAAAGCAAUUGGUGAAGAUCUUUUAGAGAUUACAGUUACAAACCCUCCCAGUACCAACCCUUCCAGUAACAACCCUCACAGUGACAACCUUCCCAGUACCAACCUUCCCAGUACCAACCCUCCCAGUACCAACCCUCCCAGUACCAACCCUCACAGUUCCAACCCUCCCAGUCCCAACCCUCCCAGUACCAACCCUCACAGUACCAACCCUCACAGUACCAAUCCUCCCAGUACCAACCCUCCCAGUACCAACCCUCACAGUACCAACCCUCACAGUACCAACCCUCACAGUUCCAACCUUCCCAGUACCAACCAUCCCUGUACCAACCCUCCCAGUACCAACCUUCCCAUUACCUACCUUUCCGGUACCAACCCUCCAAGUACCAACCCUUCCAGUACCAACCCUCCCAGUCACAACCCUCCCAGUACCAAACUUACUAGUACCAACCCUCCCAGUACCAACCCUCCCAGUCCCAACCCUCCCAGUCCCAACCCUCCCAGUACCAACCCUUCCAGUACCAACCCUCCCUGUACCAACCCUCCCAGUACCAACCUUCCCAUUAUCUACCUUCCCGGUACCAACCCUCCCAGUAUCAACCCUUCCAGUACCAACCCUCCCAGUACCAACCCUCCCAGUACCAACCCUCCCAGUACCAACCCUCCCAGUACCAACCCUCCCAGUACCAACCCUACUAGUACCAACCCUCCAAGUACCAUUCCUUCCAGUACACACCCUCCCAGUACCAACCCUACUAGUACCAACCCUCCAAGUACCAUUCCUUCCAGUACCAACUCUCCCAGUACCAACCCUCCCAGUGCUAACCAUCCCAGUACCAAAUGUCCCAGUACCAACCCUCCAAGUACCAACUCUCCUAGUAUCAACCCUCCCAAUACCAACCCUCCCAGUACCAACCCUCCCAGUACCAACCUUCACAGUGCUAACCUUCCCAUGACAACCUUCCCAGUACUAGCCCUCCCAGUACCAACCAUCCCAGUACCAACCCUCACAGUUCCAACCCUCCCAGUCCCAACCCUCCCAGUACCAACCCUCACAGUACCAACCCUCACAGUACCAAUAUCCCCCAGUAUCAACCCUCCCAGUACCAACCCUCACAGUUCCAACCCACCCAGUACCAACCCUCACAGUACCAACCCUCCCAGUACCAACACUCCCAGUACCAACCGUUCCAGUACCAACCCUUCCUGUACCAACCCUCCCAGUACCAACCUUCCCAUUACCUACCUUCCCGGUACCAACCCUCCCAGUACCAACCCUUCCAGUACCAACCCUCCCAGUCUCAACCCUCCCAGUACCAAACUUACUAGUACCAACCCUUCCAGUACCAACCCUCCCAGUACCAACCCUCCCAGUACCAACCCUUCCAGUACCAACCCUCCCUGUAUCACCCCUCCCAGUACCAACCCUCCCAGUACCAACCCUACUAGUACCAAUCCUCCAAGUACCAAUCCUCCCAAUACCAACCCUCCCAGUACCAACCCUCCAAGUACCAUUCCUUCCAGUACCAACCCUCCCAGUACCAACCCUCCCACUCCCAACCCUCCCAGUACCAACCCUCCCAGUACCAACCCUCCCAGUACCAACCCUCCCAGUACCAACCCUCCCAGUAUCAACCCUCCCAAUAUCAACCCUCCCAGUACCAACCCUCCCAGUACCCACCCUCCUAGUAUCAACCCUCCCAAUACCAACCCUCCCAGUACCAACCCUCCCAGUACCAACCCUCCCAGUACCAACCCUCCUAGUAUCAACCCUCCCAGUGCUAACCUUCCCAGUACCAACCCUCCCAGUACCAAUCCUCCCAGUACCAACCCUCCUAGUAUCAACCCUCCCAAUACCAACCCUCCCAGUACCAACCUUCCCAUUACCUACCUUCCCGGUACCAACCCUCCCAGUACCAACCUUCCCAUUACCUACUUUCCCGGUACCAACCCUCCCAGUACCAACCCUCCCAGUACCAACCCUCCCAGUACCAACCCUUCCAGUACCAACUCUCCCAGUACCAACCUUCCCAGUACCAACCCUCCCAGUACCAUCCCUCCCGGUACCAAUCCCACAGGGCAAGGUUACCUGAUAUACUCAACUUGUAACUUUUAA